GUCGUUGCUACCUGCCCAAAGCUUGUGGAGGACUUGUUCGAAACGAAGGAGUUCAAUCCGAAUGGUGCCUACCUCCUGCGUCUUCAUCAUGCAGGGAGCUGGCGGAGGAUCCUGAUCGAUGAUCUCCUUCCCACUUCGAAGGUUUUCGAGGGCUACAUU